AACUCGAAUUAAAUUAUUUGAACCCCAUUUUGAUAAAUUAAAUAUCUUACAAAAUGAGUUAGAAAAAUAUACGAUUUGUGAAAAACACUAUAAUCAAAUUGUUGCAAAAGAUAAUUAUCUAAAUUACUUAAAAGAACCUUCAACAGCUAUUAAUAUUGGAAUUCAAGUUGAAAUAAAUAGUAAUAAUGAUCUUUUAAUGCAAAUUGAAGCUUUAAAAAAUUCUCUUAACACUCUUGUAGCUGAGCAUUCUAAACAA